CAGCGGCGGCGGCGACGGCGGCGACUAGAGCAGCUGCGGCGACAGCGACAGCCCUGCCUUGACUGCGACCGCGCUAGUUCCAGCGCCCGCUGCCUGAGCCCGCCAGCGACUUGCGCCUCUUCAGGCGGCCUGUGAGGUUGGACAGCAUUUGGACUUGGAAUGAAAAAAUAAGAGGUUACAUUCAUGGAUAACCAACAAGAUAAGGCUGUUGUUGCCUCAGCCAAUGGAGAAAACACUCUGAUUAAUGGGGUCAAAGAAAAUGAUUCAGAGGACCAAGAUGUGGCAAUGAAGUCAUUUGCAGCUCUAGAAGCUGCUGCACCAAUCCAGCCUAUACCAGUGGUUCAAAAAGAGACCCUAAUGUAUCCCAGGGGUCUCCUGCCUCUGCCUUCUAAGAAACCCUGUAUGCAGAGCCCCCCAUCUCCUUUGGGCCUAAUUGAAGCACCUGAGCAUGCUGCUAAUAGUGCUUCUGUGAAUGCCAUCUCCCUUACAUCUGGUGUUACAAAAGGCCUGCAUACAUGGUCACUGCCCAGUGAAUGUGAGAAAGCUCCAUUUGCCAUAAUGGAGCCUGCAGGCAUGUCAGCUCUGAAUGGGGACUGCCUCAUGCAGCCAAGUCGGACUUGUUUGGGCUGCUUCAUGGAAUCAAAGGAUGCAGUAGAUCCUGAGCCAGGGAUCAGUCUGAAAGUUGGUGAUCUAAAUAAGGAUUAUGAAACCUGUGCAGUCUCUGAUAUAGGGAUUCAGUGUAUUAAUGCCGGAGAAAGCAUGAAAUAUGGAGAGCAGCUGCUUUCAGACCAGCUCCUAGGCUUCCCCCUGCACAAAUCAAGGGCAGGGGAAAAACGAGAAGCUGAGAAAUCUGACAUCGACUUGGAGGAUCCAGCUCAGAAAAGUUAUUAUGAGGCAUUACUGUUAGACAAGUGUAAUACAGAAGAGGCUUUGCUGGCAAAUUCCAAUCAAGAUUGGGGUUACUUUGAGACUUUCAUUAGUGAGAGUAAGAUUGAACUGCUUGACCUCUGUUCCAAAAAUGAGCUGUCCGUCAACUUAUUCUCAGAAGAAGAUGUGGAUAACUACAUGUUCGAUGAUGAUGAGUCAACACUGGGCAGUGAUGUCUGUUCCUUGAAAAUUCGAUAUGAGUCCUUCCAGGACAAUGUUCGAGACAAGACCACCCUUCUAAUGCAGGAGGAUGCCCAAUUCAACUUUUUUCCCAGUGUCUUUACUACUUGCCCCAAACGGGAGUCUAAGAGUGGGGUUUUGAAGCAGAACAGCGAUCUUUCCCAAUUCAAGGUUCCUGAUGUGAACAUCAUCUGGGGGGAGGAGGAUAAAAACUUGGACAAGAAGAAAGGCAAAGAAGAGGGACAGGAAGACAAGGGUGUAGAGAAAAAAGAUGAAAAGGAUAAUGGAGAAAAAUUUGCCUUAAAUAAACCAUGCAGCGGGACUGAAGUAGGGCAAUUUAAGAAUCCAAAGCAGGGUCAUCUUGCUAAUUCCUUGGAGGCAUCAGGGAAUUUCAGUGAUGACAGUUCCUUCAUUGAGGUCUCUUAUGAUGCCAUGGGGGAGAUCAAGGACUGUAGCCGCUAUAUGGCUCGGGACACUAAUUCUGGCAACUCCUCCUCCCAGCAGAACUAUGGUCUACGAGCCAAGAGAAAAGUCAGGUACAGUGAAGAUUAUCUAUAUGACGUUGAUUCACUAGAGGGUGAAAGAGUAAAUGAGAGGAAGGAAUGGUUGCCAGGUGGUUCCAAAGAGGAAGAUGAUGAUGAAUGGUGUCCCAAAAAGAGAAGAAAAGUAACCCGUAAGGAGCCCCCUGUUAUUAUCAAAUAUAUCAUCAUCAAUCGCUUUAAAGGUGAGAAGAACAUGCUGGUGAAAUUGGGUAGGGUAGAUUCCAGUGAGACAACAGUGAAUUUGAGUGAAAAUCAGCUCAACAAAUAUGCCAAGCUUGCCCCCUUGAAGGGCUUCUGGCAAAAGAAGAAAAAACAGAGAAAUAGCAACAUUGACUCCAACAAGACACCCUUAUGCCAAAAACAAAACUUUGAACCAGGUAGCUUUGAGGUGUCAUUCCUGCCACCUGCUCGCAAACGAAAAUCUAAACUUGGCAACAGGCACAGGAUUCAAAGAAUCCCAUCUGUGGAAACUUCAGCAAGUGGUAAGCAAAUUUCAUUCUGCAGUGAUCAGAGGCAAGCUUGUACUCGUAAAGAAGAUGGAGCCAUGAAAGGUACACUAAAGUCAGCACCUCUGGCUCUCCCCAGCUGUGCAAAUGGAUCACAUCUAAAUGACAUUACAGGCCCUGACUCAGUGAAAGUAAAAGCCCAAGAUGCAGGAUUUAAGGGGCCAGAGAGGAAAGUGCUCAACAAAAUCAAAUUUAAAAGUGAAGCCAGGUUAAAAUCCAAGAAAAUCAAAGCUGGUCAAGAAAGCAAGUCAGUUGUUCAAAUGAGCCCUCUUUUGGAAGAUCAAUCAUCUACACCUAAUUUAAAGAAUGAAGUUAUUCCUGGGACUUCAAACAGUUCUCAUCUAUCUGAAUUUCAUGAGGCAAAGGUUGCCAAGAAUUCUACUUUCUUACCAACCACCUGCUCUUCUGAAAUGCCUCUAUCAUCUGCUAAUGUUGCCACCAGUAUACCUGUUAUCCCUGGAGGGUAUCUGCAGACAUUGUUAGAUGCUUCUGACUUGUCAAAUAAUACUGGUAUAUCAUACUUUGCUCACCAUUCUCCAGAGCAAAAUGAAAGCAGCCUCACUCAAACAGAAAAAUCAUUUGUGCCUCUUCAGCCUGCCCAGGACUGUGUGCUUUCCUCACCCUCUGAGUCUGAGCUACAGCAGUCAUCCCAAAACUUCAAAAUGGAAUCAAACAACUAUGGAAAUGUGUGGCCCAACAAACCUACUUCUGGCCCCCAGGAAUUCAUGGCUGAAGUCUCAAGGGAGAUAGCUCCAACACAAUCUAAUGAAUUUGGAGUCUCCCAAGUAGUCUCCAUGGAAAAUAACCUCACAUCUACAACAUACAAUCGAAUCUGCCUCAGUAGUGGUGGCAGUAAUUGCAACAAGGUCCUAUAUGCCUCUGUACAAGACACUCAGCUCCCAUCUGAUGACUCUUAUCAAUUAUGUCACUUUAAUAAUGGAGAGAUAUGCUUUCCUUUCCAGCAGGGCCCAGCCAAUAUGGAUGAUGAUCGGCUCUUUAGCUUUGAUUCAAUGGCCCAACUCUCUGUCAACUCAAGCAAUUAUUGUUCCUUAAGCUUGAAGUCCUGUGAAAAGGAUGGUGAUGAUGAUAUUACUGAUGACUUCCUGGCCCAUUGCAGCCCCAAGCUGGUUAUCCAACAGAGCAUUGAUGAGAUAACACCAUUAAAGGAGUCCACUGACCUCCUGGAUAUCUCCAACUUCACUCCUGACAAAUUCCGCCACUCUUCUCUGUCAGAAGUGUCCCCACCUGACACCCCCAGUCUUUCCCCUCAAAUUACCAGAUGUGAGAGUAUUAAGACACUAGGAACACUGAAGGGGUUUCAAGAGGGUGUCCCAGGACCAUUGGGCAACAUGGAGAAAAUCAAGUGGGACUGCAGUACCCUUUCACGGCAGGUCCAAGUGGAUGAUGGAUUUACUUUAAAUAACCAUCAGUUUCAGUUCCAUAUGUUCAAUGAUGAGGAUUCUGUCAGUCUUCUCCAAAAAACCCCUUGCUUAUCAGCAUUUAAUGAUCCAUCUGGUCAAAUGAGUACUAACAACAAAGUGUCAAAAUCAAGAAAGAAAAGUUCACCCAGCAAGAGUGGGGCUCUGAACCAAAGCUCUUCUCAGAAAAACACCAGGAAAAAAUCUCUCAAAGCCAACAACAAAGGAAUUGAAAAGCCACCUGGCAAAACCUCCCGCCAGGCCCCUAAGUCAGCAAAGAAAGGGAAAUACAUGGCUGCAAUCAAUGGAGAGAAAAUGCAAGUUGGCAUUGGCCGUGGAGGAGGCCAAAUCAACAACAUAUCCUCCACAGGAAAGACAUUGACCGAAUGUAUCCAACACGGUGGCCCUGUGGCCUCUAUGAAGAUGCCAAGUCAAAAGGGACUUUCUGGAGAUUGGGCUCUGGGGAAGGAGAGUAACCCAGGAUGGAGCGACAUGAACAUGAGCACGAACACCAAUAGCCUCCUUGAUGAUGACCAACGGGAAUUUCAAGAGCCUUCCUAUAUCUUGUCUAACAUUGCCUCUGGUAUGGCAGAUGUGCAGAGGUUCAUGAUGGCCUCCAUAGAGCCCCUUUGGGAACCCAUGGAACACCAUGGAGACCCCAACAUAUUCUACUCCCCUGAGUCCAAUAGUCUAAAAUUAAAAACCCUUAAAAUAUUGGCUGGGACACCACAGGAAUCUAAGAAAAAGGUCAACAGUGGGUCCCCAGGAGGCACUAAGAAUCACAGGUCCAUCAAGGGUGUGAGUAAAAGCAAUGGGAAAGCAACAAUAGGUGAUCCUGGUCGUGCAAACAUGCAUGGUUAUGAGGACUCUCGCUCUGCCUUCUUUGAUAAAAAGUGUAAUAACCUGAGCACUUUAGGCAAUAAUGGACCGACACACAAAAAGUUAUAUCGUCACAAAUCCAGCUCCAAGGCCCUGAGAGAUGAGAAGUGUAAGGGAAAGUGCGUGGAGCGAGAACAGGUCCACAAGGAUGAGGCUGGGACAGCUUCUUUUGAAAAACUGAGGGAUUCCGACUACAAUCUCCUAAAAGCAGAAACAGCAUUUUGGGUUUUACCUGUGUUUGAAGAAGAAACUCACAUUUUCCAGAAAGACAUUUGAUGUUUGUGUUUUAUUUCUUUCAAAAUAUGCCUUGUGGUAUGUAUGUUGACAUGUAAGUGCUUAAAGAAGAGAUUUUUGAAGUGUGGGAAUAAGUAUUUGGAAGCAAACUUUAAUCUGAUGUUCUAUGUAAAAGACUUCAAAAAGUCAUACAGUUGCACAAGUAGUUUAUGCACUAUUUACCCAAGGGAAAAAAAAGGAAAACAUUGUGCCAAACUACAAACAAGUGACUGUAUUGUAUAUAUUUUUACUUCUAUAUCAACAUUUGUUUGUAUUUGGGGAGCUUGUCCCUCUUGAUUUACUAGAAACAUUCCAGUGAUUCUUGCUAUUAACCACCCCCACUUAUGUGGAUAGCACCUAUAGAUCACAGUGGAAAAAAUGUUGUGUUACACAAUUUACCAAAACCUAAAGGAUACUGUUUGAAAUGUGCCAAAUUUUCUUACCUCAUCUCACAGAUUCACCCCACAGUUUAAAUCUCAUUAAUGAAUUUAAAUAUAUAUAUAUAUAUAUGUGUGUGUGUGUGUGUGUGUGUGUGUGUGUAUACACACACACACACACACACACACAUAUAUAUAUGCACAUACAUUAUUUUGAAAUUUUAAACUCUACUGUCCUGUGUGGAAACAUGAGCAAUUAAAUAAGGCACAAUAAAGUUUUGUUUGUUCCAUCGUCUAAUGGUUAAAUUGUUGGAAAAGUCUGGAAGUCAUAACAGCUAAGUCCAUCAGGGACCUAAUAUAUGCAUUUACAGAACCUUUUACAAGGAAACAAAACAGCUGCUUUAAAGUUUGUUUUCUAAAAGCAAAAUCUGUAGCUGAAAAUUAUUUAAAGUGCAAAGUUAUAUUGCUGAUACUUUAUAUCUCAGUUUUAUAUAUUUUAUAAUAGUCUGGGAUAAAUUAUAAAAUAGCUAUAAAAUCAACACUAAUGAUAAAUGAAGUACAUAGAUUGCUUUUAUUUAAGUACUUUCAUAAAUGUUCAUAAAUGUGCACUCAUAUCAAGGCUUUAGUGUUCUUUAAGUGUUUAAUCUUGCAAUGCCAAUGUCAUUUAAAGAAAAUGUUAAGGCAUCUCAGUUCAACUCCUAUGAGUUACGUACAUAUAUUAGAUAAGCUGAGCAAUUUGUGGUAACAACUAAUCAGGGCCAUAUAUACUGAGUCUGAGGGGGACUAGUAUUUGAUGCCAAACACUAAACUUAAAUUUCAAUUUUUUAUAUAAAUUUUUGAAAUCACGUUUUUAUUUAGCCCUUCCCCCUUUUGUCUUUAAUUUCACAGCCCCAACAUCCCUCACGACUAGCUUUUUCUUCCCCUUUAUUCACCACUUGACUUCUAACAUUUGAUCUAUUUUCCUUGCACAGUUGAAGGCCUAUGUGUCUGAUGACUGAUGCAUUAUGGCACAGAUGAGAUAAUGGAUGUAAAAGCGCUUUGUAGAUCGUAAAGUGCUAUACAGAUAUAGGGGAUUAAUAUUAUUAAUGUUGUUGGUUGUUGUUGUUGUUACUCUUACUAUUCUUACUAAUACUGUUACUAACCUAUUAACUUGUGAAUAUAUAGGCUGUGGGUGGGAGGGUGGAGAAUAAGUGGGUGGGGAAAGGGAGAUUUAAAAAAAAAAACAAAGGAAGAUGUUUCAAAAGGAAACAUUUAAGCAAAAUAUAAACCUACCUAGUCAUUGCCACCUAAAUAUAUUCACAAACAGAGAAGCAACAUUUGAAAGUAGUCAGAGAGAAAUGGAAGGAAGCCUGUCACAUAUAUAAGUAUACACACUUCCCAGUCCUUGAUUCCUUUCACCAGCCUGCUCUGCUACUUAUAGCUAGGUAGUAAAAUGAACAAGCCUGUGUUCUUGAUCGUGUGAUUGUGUGUGUCUAUGGGGAUGAGUGGGUGAGGAGCAUUUUGUGAGGCUGCUUCAGGCCUGUUCCUAGGUUUUGAUGCUCUGUGUGCAGUGAGUCUUAGACAAUUACUUAGUGGAAAGGCACCAGAUGAAACAUGUCUCCUACUCUACAGCUGCCAUCCAGAAGGGAAAAUAAUCAAACUGGAACACUUUCUUCUAUUUCUCCACUCUGAUAGCUAGCUGUUUAUACUUAAUGCUAUGGCUGGUUCUUAGGAACUAGUUUUUGUUUUGUUUUUGUUUUUGUUUUUGUUUGUUCUGCUUUGCCGCUAAAUUUUGGUUUGGAAUCUCUAUCUGUAUUAUGAUCCCCAAGACUCCAGACCUCAAAAUCACUUACAGGAAUGGAGUGCUCUCUAUGUAACCAAAAGGUGGCAAUUAAAGAAGAAAUAAAUAAAAUGUUCCAUGGGUACAAUGUGUUUAUAAAAUAAAUAUGGGAACAGUUGUCCCAGUUUUUCUCAGUAUCAGUUCAGCUUUGGAAAAUGGGGUAGGGGUGGGAUAGAAGGACAGCCUGAAAUUUUGGAAAGAGUUUCCUUGUCAUAACUUGCUAUUAUGAGUCCUUUGGAAUGGAUACUCUUUUAGUUGCUCCUAUGGAGCCCAUUAGGGGCCAAUUCUAGGGCAUGGUUCUUCCCUUUCUCCGAAGAGAAUUGACAUUUUAAAGUACCGUUUUUACUGACUGAAGAGAACUGACAUUUUAAAGUACCAUUUUUAAUGGCCUACAGUGCAUUAUAUGUUUUUAACACAUAUAUUAGUGACUCGUAAUCAAUCAUUUUGUACUAACACAUAACAAGAAACUCAGUUUUAUUAAUGAGCAAUAGGACAAAGCAGAAGAUGCUUAUUCUCUUAAUUUCACUUAAUAUCCUCUCAGUACAUUAUGUGCUGAGCUCUUCAGUUUUUAUGGCUUUUUUGGUCCUGUCACUGCUCACAAUUUUUUUUUUCUUCCUGUCACAACAUAGUAGGCCUGAAUUUUGGAGAUCCCUUAUUCGACCAUCUGCCUUAGUGGAGUGAGGACCACUGAUACAAAAAUAGUGUCUUGCCCUGUCACUGAUAAUUCAAGUCAGAUGUAUGAAAUUUUCCUUGGUCUGAAAUUCCUGAUUGUCACUUCCUUCUAGACUCUCCUCUCUGAUUCUUAUUACUGCCUCCUCAACAUAAUCCCAUUUAAUCUUUAUUUUCCUGGAAAUGGUAUUCUCCAUUAUUCUUUCUAUCUAAUUUCAGUCCUUGGUCUUAGAAUUUUUCUUAUUUUAUAAUCUUAUAUUCCACCUACCGAAAGUGUCAGAGUUUAAGAACCUUAGCCAGGCUACUUCUGGAAUUUCAGAGGGCAAUCUUCUCAAUCUUAAUACCUUUAAUUGUCUUGACCACUUUCAAAUCUAAUUUUAAAUACACACACACACACACACACACACACACACACAGAAUUAUAUCACAUGACUGAGGAAAGUUGGAAACGCCUUUUCCUUGAAGGUAAAAAUCUCUCUGAUCCCCUUUCAGUCCUGGUUAGGUGCUAGACUAUGUGGAGCAGGGUGCUGAAACAGUAGCCUUGACCAAGAUUCUUCGAGACUUUGGGGGUUAUGUUUGGGCUGUGAUAACUUGCUUAAACCAGUGGCCUCUCCAGCGUCUCAUAUACCAGCUUCCUCACAUAUGCUGCUUCCUCUCAGCUUUCUCUUCUGACUUCUUGUUAUUCUGUGCAAUUAUGUGUUAAGGCCUUACCUUAUCCUAAAUCUUUUCAAACCUCCUGCACUACCUUGAUCAUCACUUCUUUAGCCAUCUCCCUGAAGUCUUUGGUGCUAGGUGGGCUUUUGUGACAACUUUCACCUUCUCUGACCUUUUUCCUUGCUGAGAAGCAUCUGUAUGUGUGCAGGGGGGAGGGAGGGGAAGGGAGGGGAUUAAGCAUGUGUGUAAGAGAGAGAAGCAUAAAGGAUGCUUCAAAAGCUGUAAACAGCUCUGGAUAGCACCCUAUGUCCUGUUAUGUGAGGUUUUGCAGUUCUAGUGAAUUUCUGUUUUACUGGGUCCUAAUGAGCAUUUACUCCCUAAAGGAGAAAGACCACAUCCAAGGACCUCUUAACCAAGCUUGCUCUUACCAAGCUGAGUCAGUCUGAUGCAGAUCUGCCAUAUAUUCAAUUUACAGAUGCUCUCAGAACAGUUCCAAGAAUUGAAGAGAGCUGAGUUUCUUCCCCAAAGAGGAGAAUGGAGCACUAGCUAGUCCUAACUAGUGCUAUAACUGUGUUUGUUUUCUCCUGGAUUUUUAAGAAGUUACCUAAUUACAGGUGAUUUUUUUUUAUUUAGGAUUUUUCAAUGAUUGCUUAUUAUAGGAAUAUGUCCUUUUUAUGAAAUAAAACUAAUAUGAGAUUUACUUUCUAAUCAUAAAAUUCACGAAGCCAACCAUUAUGUUUAAAAACACUUUACUAAAACACUUUAGUAACUAGGGAUAAAUAAGUAUCUUGUCAACACAAUGUAGGCCAGGAAUUUUUGUAAGUUUCUCAAGGACCCAAAUAAAGAAGAAACAAUUUUAGCUGGACUGUUUAACUUGGGAAACACUGUCAUCAACUUGAAGGUCCUCAGCCAGCAUGGGAUUAUUUUGAUGGCAGUACACAGGCUACCCUGUAAGGUACAUUUUACUCAGAGCAUUAAACAGUAGCUACAUUCAUGAAACAGAGUUCCCAUUGCAGCUAUGUGAUACUUGAGAUGUACUCUUGGUUUCAGAAUCAUAACUAAGAGAUGAAACAUUGGAGAAGGACAAUGUAAAAGAAAGAGGCUUAGUACAAAGCUUACGGUGUGAAUGAGGCUUUAAAAAUCAGUAUCUAGGUAAAUAAAAAAGAAACACUCAACAUAAAAUGGAAAGAAUGUCUAUCCAUCUGUCAGGCUCAGUGGUUUCUGAGUGUUCGACAUCCCCUUCAAAAGGAAGAAAGAUGUUUAAAUCAUUCUGCCUCUUUCAGAGAAACCUGGUUUUAUAGUACAAAAGGAAAGGCUUAGAAUGAAAACUGGAAGAGGCCUUUUGUUUUUUACUCCCAGUGAGGAGGGUAGAAAGCUUAAAAUGCUCUACUGGGAUACCUGUAGCACUGACUAGAGUUUGCUGCCUACAGAGUUUUGAAUGUACUAGUCCUUAAUUUAAUUUCCAUAAAACUGAAUGCACCUCUUUAGUAAAUUACUGAUUUAUGGUGCUAAAGAAACUAUUGUCUCCAUUUUCUCCUCUCCCAAGCCCUUUAAACAUUUAAGAAAAUUUAAAAUAAACAUGUUAGAGGCCCUUUUUAUGAAUGUAACCUAAGUUUUUGUUUGACAUAUGACACUGCAACUUUAAAAUGUUAGGAAAUUGUUUGCCUUUUUUUCUUUCAGAGUUAAGCUUUAUAAAUAAUCUGUAGAGUCAAUUGAGGUAUAAAGCUUAAGGAUCACUCUUAAGACGCCUACAAAAUCUUGUAUAUUUUUAAGUGUGCCAAUUUGUAACAUAUUUUGUAAGUGUAUAUUUUUCUUAGAAAAGUGCUGUGAAGUGUCUGUAUGUGAGAGUUUUCCUUUUUCUGCACCACUGGGUGCUAAUAAAAGGAUAUUUACUUCAAAGUUUCUGGUUUUAGAAACCAUAAUACAAAGAAAAAAUACACUUUUGUUGGGAAUUUUGUAACACAAAACAUGUUGUGAAAGAGUGUAGUGAUCUUGUGCAAAUGAAAAUGAACAUUUGUGAGCUUCUUGCUGUUUUAUAGAUUUUCUUGUAAAUUAUUCUUGUAACACCUCUGGUUUUGUUGUUCUUGUUGAAAAGGUUUUAAAUAUUUGUGACUGAGUGUAUGGUGAAACUGUCAUAAUGUACCUAGCUGAGUUUUGUUAUUGUUUAUGGAAUAAAUAAAAAGAAAAGUUUAAAAAAUA